AUGGCCAACCCUGAAACUAGCACUGGUCCCAAGGAGUUUGUCCUUUGUUUUGACGGGACUGGGAAUAAAUUCCAUGGCGGCGUGUCCGAUAGUAAUGUCUUGAAGAUUUUCAGGAUGCUGGACCGUAACGACGCCAGUCACUGCCAUUACUAUCAACCAGGUAUAGGAACCUAUGUGACCUCACCGUCACUCACGGACAAAGGAAGGCUGGAGAAAAUAAAGUCGGCGUACAUGAAGGCCAAGGACUCGGCCAUCGGGUCCACUUUUGCAGAGCAUGUCAUGGGGGGAUACAAAUUUCUCAUGAGAUACUAUUCACCCGGUGACAAGCUCUAUUUUUUUGGGUUUAGCCGUGGCGCUUAUGUUGCACGCUUUCUCGCUGAGAUGUUGGACUAUAUUGGACUUUUGGAGAAGGGAAAUGAAGAACUAGUGCGAUUCGCAUGGAAGACAUUUUCCAAAUGGCAGCGGCGGGGCAGAGAUAAGAAACACAAUAAUGACGAAUUUAAGUUUAUGGCUGCAUUUCGAGACACUUUUAGCCGGCCAAUUACCCAGAUAGAGUUUCUGGGUUUGUUUGAUACUGUCAAUAGCGUGCCCCGAUUUGAAAACCCGUGGAUGCAGCGCAGUCGAUUCCCAUACACGGCACGCACGUCUGCAAAAUUUAUCCGGCACGCAGUGAGCAUUGAUGAGCGACGAGCAAAGUUCCGGCAGGAUCUCAUAUCAGAAGUCAAGCCAACCGAAGGCCACCAGCACUCAUGGUUGCAUCAGCACCUUAAAAAGCAUGACUUGUAUCUUAAACGUCAUCACAUAAUGCACAAGGGGCAGGGUGCAGACACGAAAACUAGCGAUGAGUCUGGGCAGCAGGCUUCUACAAUCUACCGGCCUACCCAACGCAUGCGUCGUACAAACAAGGGUAAGCCGCAACCAAUCCGCCGACAGGCAGAUAGUUCAGCAGUUGCAGCUGGCGCCUCUUCCAAGGAGAGCCAGUCAGACUAUAGUUGGCAAUCAGCUGGUUCUCUUCUUGAGUCUGGCAUAGGCGAGGCCAAGACCACUUCCAAUCACGGAGACUAUGAGUAUGUUGAGGACGCUCCGCAGGAUAUCGAGGAAGUUUGGUUUCCAGGAGGCCAUGCGGAUAUUGGUGGUGGCUGGGCACUUGAUAAUGGGGAGCAUUGGGCCCUGAGCCAUGCUCCACUGGUCUGGAUGGUGCAAGAGGCGCAGCGGGCAGGGCUUGUAUUUAACCGAGGAAAGAUGGAGCAGUUCGACUGUUGGGAUGAAUCUUUUGAAUCUGAUCUGUCGGCUCAUGCUGUCCAGGAAAAACGCGGUAAUCAGGAAACCGGCAGCGAGUGUGAAGCCAGCAGCAAAGAAGGCGAGGUUGACGAGUCGGGUUUUUGCCAAGCAUUGCGUUCGUCUAGUACGGACGGAAAACUUCACGACUGCUUAUCAAUUGGAAAGGGAGUGCCAACUUCGUCGGUCUUAAGCUGGAAGAUCAUGGAAUAUAUGCCUUUUCGACGAAUGGAUCUGCAGCCCGAUGGAUCGUGGAAGCCUAUCCGGUGGCCACUUCCCUGUGGCGAGGUACGCGAUAUUCCCGCUGAUGCCCAGAUCCAUGUCUCCGCUAUUCGUCGAAUGCAAGCGAAUCCCGACUACCGGCCUGGCAAUCUCAUUAUUGGGGGCGGCGGCAGAGGUGUCAAGAAGGCAGCAGCAAAGUAUGGGAUCGGCGAAUGGGAUAUCUUCAAGUAUUCUGGCUCUCCGGUUCGAGAGACAUAUAUACGUAAGAAUAACGGGGGUAACACGGCAGGGGCCGUCAGUGUUCAUUAG